AUGUUUUUACAGAGAUCUCAAUCAUUGCUCAAGGCAAGGCCAUGGGUAAGCCUAGCACGGUUCAAUUCGUCUUUCAAGGACUCGGGUAAAGAAACAGCCCGGAAGAUCCACGAUGAGGCCGAUAAAGCGCUCCAGGAAGCAACUGCUAAAGGAGCCAAGGCAAUCCACAAUCAAUUCGCCCAGGAACAGGGCAUCAACAGCGACAUCAUCAACAAGUACAAGGACAAAUUGACGCAAAAGGCCCAGGAGUUGGGUAUAACCAACUUGGAUGAGCUCAAGGACAAGUACAAGGAGCAGAUUGAAAAAGUCAAGAGUGAGCUAGGCGGAAUCGACAUCAAUGCCGAGAUCAGGAAAUGGGAGUCUCAAAAGAAGAAAGAAGAGAGCGACGGCUCGGUGAUUAAUGUCAGGUCGAGGGACCCCGGCGCUGAAAAGAAGCCAUACAAGACCUUGAACGACUAUGUUGACGUUGAAAAAGUCCGGCGUUUGCCUCGUGAUGACAUCAAGUUGAUUUGGAAAACCCGGUUCCAAGACGAUCCCAGGUCCUUGCACGCGACAAUCAACAAUCAGCAGUUUGACGAGAUUACGGAAAACGCUUCCAAAUAUCCCUAUUUCUUGUUGCCUCUCCCCAAGAGUGACGACAAGGAUACUCACAAGGGAUACCAGUUGGAGUUUGUCCAGUGGUCAUUUGUGGGUGCCGACACUAUCCAUUGUUUGUUCACCUCGCUAGCUGAAUACAAGCUUCAUGGCGAGUUUGCGAAACCUCACGUUGUCUUGACUUUCCACCAAGACUUGAAAAAGGAUAAAGAUCUCGUGUUGAUGAAUGGGUUGAGUGAAAAAGAUGGUGGAUUGUCCACACAGGAAGCCCAAUUGUUGGUGCUCAACUUGCAACGUUUCUACAAUGGUAAAGAUUCGAACAAACUUGCAUUGGUCAAGGAGUUCAACGAGGGAAGUGAAAAAUUCACGUUGGAUGGAUUGAUCAAGGAAACAACAACAAUUUGA